AUGAGCAGCCCGGAUGCGGGAUACGCCAGUGACGACCAGAGCCAGCCCCGGAGCUCGCAGCCCGCGGUGAUGGCCGGGUUGGGCCCCUGUCCCUGGGCCGAGUCCCUGAGCCCCCUCGCGGAUGUAACGGUGAAAGGCGAGGUGGUGGCGAGUAGCAGUGCGCCAGCCGGGACGUCGGGCCGAGCCAAAGCUGAGUCUCGCAUCCGGCGGCCGAUGAACGCCUUUAUGGUGUGGGCCAAAGAUGAACGCAAACGGCUGGCACAGCAGAACCCGGAUCUGCACAACGCAGAGCUGAGCAAGAUGCUAGGCAAAUCCUGGAAGGCGUUGACCUUGGCGGAGAAGCGGCCCUUCGUGGAAGAGGCCGAGCGGCUGCGCGUGCAGCACAUGCAGGACCACCCCAACUACAAGUACCGGCCGCGGCGGCGCAAGCAGGUGAAGCGCAUGAAGCGGGUGGAGGGAGGCUUCCUGCACGCUCUCGCCGAGCCUCGGGCCGGCGCGCUGGGUCCCGAAAGCGGCCGCGUGGCCAUGGAUGGCCUGGGUCUACCUUUCCCAGAGCCCGGCUAUUCGGCCGGCCCACCGCUGAUGACCCCGCAUAUGGGCGCCCACUAUCGCGACUGCCAGGGACUUGGCGCGCCCGCGCUGGACAGCUACCCUCUGCCCACUCCGGACACAUCCCCGCUGGAUGGUGUAGAGCAGGACCCAGCUUUCUUUGCAGCCCCUCUGCCCGGGGACUGCCCAGCGGCGGGAGCCUACACUUAUGCUUCCGACUACGCGGUUCCCGCAGAGCCACCCGCUGGCCCCAUGCGAGUGGGGCCGAACCCCUCCGGCCCCGCGAUGAGGGAGAUCCUGGCGCCCCCCAGCUCUCUGCACCUGUACUACGGCGCGAUGGGCUCGCCCACGGCGAACGCCGGGCGCGGUUUCCACGCGCAGCCCCAGCAGCCGCUGCAACCGCAGGCACCUCCGCCGCAGCAGCAACACCCGGCGCACGGCCCGGGGCAGCCUUCGCCUCCUCCCGAGGCUCUGCCCUGCCGGGACGGCACGGAACCCAGUCAGCCCACUGAGCUCCUAGGGGAGGUGGACCGCACGGAAUUCGAACAGUAUCUGCACUUUGUGUAUAAGCCCGAGAUGGGUCUUCCCUACCAGGGGCACGACUGCGGUGUGAACCUCUCAGAUAGCCACGGAGCCAUUUCCUCUGUGGUGUCCGACGCUAGCUCAGCGGUCUACUACUGCAACUACCCUGACGUUUGACGGUUGCCGACCCGACCUUCAGGCCAGAAGCAGUGUUACACACUUCCUGGAAGCGCUAAGGAAAUCCUUAGCGUCAAGCUGUUUUGUUUUUAAGUUGCGUUGGCAUAUAAUUUAUGGUAAUUUAUUUUGUCUGCCACUUGAACAGUUGAGGGGCUACAUGAGAUUUUUUGUUUCAGAUGCCUUGAGGGAGUUGCUCCCUACAACCACUGUCCAGUUUUAACCAGUUUUUAAUAUCUCACCAACUUAAUUCUAUUUCUUGAAAGUUUCUUGAUCCAAAGAAAUUGUGUCAUGCGUGCUUUCUCGAUCUUAAAUAAAUCCUGGAAUCUUUUAAA